CCCACGAAAGGAAGAAAUUCUCUAAACAAUUUACCUUCAAAAUUUUCUCUCUUUCCCAAAUCAAGAUUUUGGGUGAUGAGGAUAAAACUGUGUGCCGGACAUGAAAGCGUUGAAGAGAGGAGCAUACGAAGGAGAAGGAAGAUCCGCAGCAAGUGAUGAACUGGAGGGUGCAGCGGCCCUGGCUAGGGCAGGAGCGGGAGCAUUGAUUUGAUGAACAUUUGGCUGCUGUGUCUCCCUGGAGGAGCACUCUCCGGUGGUAUAAUGACUCUCCACGCCUUGAUCAUGAAGUAUACCUUUGAAAACAUGCCCUCCUAUGGCCACAGCCGUCUGAUAUGCAUAUUGAUCAUCUUCAUCAUCAAUGGAACUCACACGAACACAUCGAAAUGUCGCCAGAGAACUCACCUCAGCGGG